AUGGAGAUCAACGAGAAUAAUUUUGAGCGCCUAGCCAACUAUCUGCAGCAGACGCUCAAUCCGGAUCCGGAAGUACGACGGCCAGCUGAACGCUUCAUUGAAAGCAUCGAAGUCAGUCAGAACUAUCCUCUGCUAUGUUUGCAUCUGAUCGAUCGACCGCAGGUCGACAUGACAAUACGGGUGGCGGCGGCGAUCGCGUUCAAAAACUUUGUUAAACGUAACUGGGGGUUCCAUCUGGAAAAUGAUGGACCGAACAAGGUGAGCGAAUCGGACCGAACAGGCAUCAAGAAUUUAAUAGUUCCGAUGAUGCUAAAAUCCCCGGCUGCCAUACAAAAACAGCUGAGCGACGCGGUUAGCAUCAUUGGAAAGUACGAUUUUCCCACCAAAUGGCCUGAGCUGAUUGACGAGAUGAUUGAAAAGUUUGCGACGGGAGAUUUUCACGUCAUCAAUGGCGUGUUGCAAACCGCUCACUCAUUAUUCAAGCGCUACCGGUACGAAUUCAAAUCGCAAGAGCUUUGGGAGGAGAUCAAAUAUGUGCUCGAUAAGUUAGCGAAGCCGUUGACGGAUUUACUGCAGGCGACGCUCGGGUUGGCUGAAGCUCAUGCAAACAACGAGGAAGCUCUUAAGAUCAUUUACAACUCGCUGGUGCUCGUGUGCAAAGUGUUUUACUCGCUCAACUCGCAGGACUUGCCCGAGUUCUUCGAGGAUAAUAUGGAUACGUGGAUGAAGGCAUUCCACGGUUUGCUGACAAUUGACGUUCCCUGUUUGAAGACGUCAGAUGAUGAGGAUGCGGGCGUCCUCGAGCAUCUACGGUCGCAAAUUUGCGAGAAUCUCUGCAUGUAUGCGCUCAAGUACGACGAAGAGUUUGGUCCCUACAUGCCGCAGUUUGUGACGGCCGUCUGGGAGCUGCUGGUAAACACUGCCAUCCAGAUGAAGUAUGAUUCGCUCGUCUCGAACGCGUUAAAGUUUCUCAGCACCGUAGCAGACCGAUCCCACUACCGGCACUUAUUCGAGGAUCCCAACGUGCUUGCGAGUAUCUGUGAAAAGGUCAUCAUUCCCAACAUGGAUUUCCGAGUCUCGGAUGAGGAGCUGUUCGAAGAUAACCCUGAGGAGUACAUACGUCGGGACAUUGAAGGCUCGGAUGUAGAGACGCGACGCCGUGCGGCCUGUGAUUUGGUUAAAACGUUAUCGCAAAAUUUUGAGGCGAAAAUCAUCGAAAUCUUUGGUCAGUACCUGCAAGUGCUGCUAGCAAAGUACGCCGAAAACCCAGUCAACAACUGGAAGACAAAAGACACGGCAAUAUAUCUCGUAACGUCAAUGGCGUCCAAAGGACAGACGCAGCAACUCGGUGUCACGCAGACAUCGGAGCUUGUUCCGUUACCACAGUUUACUCAACAGCAAAUCAUACCUGAGUUGGAGCGAGCCGACCUUAACCAGAUGCCGGUGCUAAAGGCGGACGCCCUCAAGUUUAUCAUGACUUUCCGCACUAUUCUCGGACCGCAGAUCAUCGUAGCGACAAUGCCACUGGUGGCCAAGCACCUCGGAGCGGCAAGCGUAGUUGUGCACACAUACGCGGCUUGCACAAUCGACAAGAUCCUUACGAUGCGCGGCCCGGACAAGAAGGCGAUCGUGACGAAGGAGAUGUUGUCGCCGUUAAGCGCCGAGCUUAUUGCGGGAUUAUUUGCCGCAAUUACAGUGCAAGGCUCGAACGAGAACGAGUACAUCAUGAAGUGCAUAAUGCGUGUGUUAAACACGUUGCAGGAGGCAUCGUUGCCGUUCAUGAUAGUCGUGCUUCCACGGUUGACCGAUAUUCUUUCUACUGUUGCAAAGAACCCAUCGAAACCACACUUUAACCACUAUCUGUUUGAAACGCUUUCGCUUUCCGUCAAGCUCGUUUGCAAAGCCGAUCCGAACGCUGUCAGUUCGUUUGAAGAAGCGUUAUUUCCCGUUUUCCAAGGCAUUCUGCAGCAGGACGUAUUGGAAUUUAUGCCCUACGUAUUUCAGAUGUUGUCACUGUUUCUAGAAAUCCGUGAAGGCAAGAGCUCCAUUCCGGAUACCUACCUCGCUUUGUUCCCGUGUUUGCUCACGCCGGCCCUUUGGGAGCGUCCGGGAAAUGUGACCCCUUUGAUCCGCCUGCUGUGCGCAUUCGUGCGUCAAGCAUCGGCACAAAUCGCGGCCGACGAUAAGCUGAACGGUGUACUUGGCGUUUUUCAGAAAAUGAUUGCCUCCAAGAACAAUGAUCAUGAAGGGUUCUACUUGAUGCAGAAUUUGCUUCUUCACUACCCAGCCGAGGAGCUCGGCCGAAGCAUGCGUCAAAUCUUCUCACUUCUCUUCCAACGGCUAAGUUCCUCGAAAACGACUAAGUUUGUUCGAAGCUUUAUCGUUUUCCUCUGCCUGUAUGCGUCGCGCGUCGGUCCGCAAGCGCUAAUGCAAAUGAUUGAAAGCAUUCAAACGCAAAUGUUUGGCAUGGUACUCGAGCGCGUGUUAAUCCCGGAUAUCAAUAAAGUUUCUGGAGAACUGGAGCAAAAGAUCGUAUCCGUCGGCAUCACGAAGUUGCUGUGCGAGUGCCCGGAAAUGCUUGUUGAGCCGUACGUGAACUGUUGGCCGCAGCUGUUGCAGACGGUGGUACAAAUUUUCGAAAUGCCCCCUGACGAGUCAGCCAUCGAUGGUGAUAACUUUAUUGAAAUCGAAGACGUGUCCGGCUACCAGGCUGCAUAUUCCCAGUUAAACUUUGCGCAAUCGAAACCAACCGAUCCGUUGCCGGAUGUGGGCAAUGUGCGCCAGUUUUUGGUGCAAAAUCUUGGUAAGCUGGCGCAGGCAAAUGCGGGUAAGGUGGGUAAACUUAUUGCAGCAUUACCGGCCGCUCAUCAGGAAGCGCUACAAAAAUAUUGCGCUCAGAGCGGAAUCCAGAUUGCUUAGGAAGGGAUAGAAAAAUAGUCUUGCUUCACUGAAUUAAGAUUAAAAAUGGGAUACAUUGUAUUGUUAUUUGCGUUUUUUAUUCAUUUCUGUAAAUGCAUUUCGUUUACCAGUGUAUUUGUGUGGCACGAGAUGGCCUUGCGGCAA